AGUGAGUUCCAGUAAGCGCACUGGAGUUUUGGUACACAGACAUUCAACAAGCGACAGCAGCGGCAGGACUAUCGCAUACUGCUGGACUGGACUGGAUUACAAAACUUCAUAACAACACAAAUCUGACGCCAUUCUGUCUACUUUAUCCCAACGUGUAGUUAUAGUUCGGACGCACGCUUAUCAUAAGUCGUUUCCAAUGUAACUAAGUCAGUUUUAAAGUAACACUGUUUCCUUUCUGUGUGUUUUUAUUCGCGUUUACGUUAUUGCGCAUGACUCAUACUUUCUUUUGCCAAUCUUAUGUGACAUUUUAAGACACGCACAGUAUUGCUGGUACCAUGGCUGAGGCAGCCCAAAACCAGAUGGUCGACAUCGACCCGGACUUCGAGCCGCUCUCCCGGCCGCGCUCGUGCACUUGGCCGCUGCCGCGACCGGAGUUCCCCAACCCCGCAGCCGCCGACUCCAACACAUCCUCCCCGGCUCCGUCCGUCAAGCAGGAGCCCUCCAGCAACACGGACUUCAUCAAUAACCUCAGUCUGCUGGAAGAGAAUGAGGACUAUCCCGAUCAGAAGCCUCUAAUCCUGUGCGCUGAUUUCCAGUGCCAGGAGAAUUGCAUCCACCAGCAACAUCAGCAGCACCAGCAGAUCCCGAGUCAGCAGCAACAGGUGCCCGUGCUCUCCUCUCCGGUGGCCGCCGCCGCGGCCGCAGCCGCCGCGCAACGCAAGAGCAGCUCGUCCCGACGCAACGCCUGGGGGAAUAUGUCAUACGCGGACCUGAUCACCAAAGCCAUCGAGAGCACCCCUGAAAAACGCCUCACCUUGUCACAGAUCUACGACUGGAUGGUGAAGAGCGUGCCUUAUUUUAAGGACAAGGGGGAUAGUAACAGCUCUGCUGGCUGGAAGAACUCGAUCAGACACAACCUGUCUCUGCACAGUCGGUUUAUCCGUGUGCAGAAUGAGGGUACGGGAAAGAGUUCCUGGUGGAUGCUUAACCCCGAAGGUGGCAAGAGCGGCAAGUCGCCUCGCCGCAGAGCCGCCUCCAUGGACAACAACAGCAAGUUUUCCAAGAGCAGAGGACGUGCUGCUAAGAAAAAGCUUGCUCUUCAGGGUGGACCCGAGGGGGGUGCCGACAGUCCCGGCUCCCAGUAUGGCAAGUGGCCCGGCAGCCCGAACUCGCACAGCAAUGACGACUUUGACGCCUGGACGGCAUUCCGUCCCCGCACCAGCUCCAAUGCCAGCACCCUCAGCGGGCGUCUUUCGCCCUUCAUCAACGAUGAACUAGGCGACUCUGACGUUCACAUGGUCUACCCAGGCCCUGGGUCCGGGGCGAAAAUGACUUCCACCCUCCCAAGCCUGUCCGAAAUGGCUGGUUCACUCGGUCACAAUGGUUCUGAGAAUGUGAUGGAGGACCUUCUGGAUAACCUCAACUUGCUCUCACCCAAGAACCCAUCAGUGGGGUCUGCUGGAGGUCCUGGAUCUGGGUCCAACCAAUCCUCACCCUCCUCGCUUAUGCAGAACAGCCCUGGUUACUCCCCCUACAGCUCACCAGGUCUCAACCAACAGAACCAACAAGACUAUCGCAAGUGUCUCUAUGGCCAGACAGGGAUGGGCAGCAUUUCCUCCAUGCCAAUGCAGACUCUGCCAGAAAACAAGCCCAGUUUUGGUCCCAGACCAGGAACCAUGGGCCAGUUUAACUGUACAGCAGGGCUGCUGAAAGAGCUUUUGACAUCUGAAGGUGAGCCCGGAGAGCUCAUGCCCUCGGUGGACACUGUCGUCUCCCAGUCAAGUGGAGGAUGUAUGCUGCCGUCCUAUAACAGUGCACGAAAUGAACUUAUGGGAGGCAGCCACGCCCUCUCUCACCCGCACAGUAUGCACGGACAAGCCCCGCCAUUGUCGGCAGCAAUGAAUGGCCGAUCGUUGCAUCCCUUGACCGCCAUUGGCCAUAGUGUUGCUGCUGGACGCCUGGGAAGCAUCAAAUCAGCCAUGCAGAUGCCUUACGGAAGCCAUCUCGGUGGUGGGGGAGGGCUGCCACCCUACUGCAGCAUCAACAGCAAAGGAUAUGGCCGCAGCCCAGGACUGAUGCUCCACCACCAGCAGCAACACUUGGAGAAGCUGCCAAGUGAUCUUGAUGGCAUGCCUGUUGAGCGAUUCGAAUGCGACGUGGAAUCCAUUUUACACGACACCCUCAUGGACGGGGAAUCGCUGGACUUCAACUUUGACCCCAUGGCCACUCAACAGGGGUUUCCAGGGCACAGUGUGAAGACCACCACUCAUAGCUGGGUGUCUGGGUAAAAACGCUCAACUGGAAGAUGGCAACCUUAAGCAGCUAUCCACACCCAUCCAAUCCUCUUUGUCAAGGACGCAGACCCUAUUAUUCCUUCUCUUUCUUCAGCAGAUGAGGUCAUGACACGACCGCACACUGCCAAGCACGUUGGCUCGACGUGGAGCUCAUUUACAAGGACGCUUUUUCUCAAAUAUUUGGACUCAAGUUUUAAGUGCCAAACCAGGUGCCUGUGCUCCAUAGCCAAACUGACAAGCUUUAUUUCGAUGCCUUUUUCUCGCUGUAGAGAAUCAGUGGUCCUAUCAGGGCAACCGAAAAUCUGAGGCCCUUUCAUUUGCUGCAACACACACACCAAUGUUCACAUAAAUGUUUUACAGCCACAUUGAGGGCAAACAGUGACACGGUUUAACCACCAAAUCCAACAGCAGGCAUUCACCUCAUAUCACACCUCAGUGAUACGCAUGGUAAUUGCACUUUCACCGUUUUGUUGUCAGUUCAAAAUGAUGACCUGCAAUUUAUGCUGAGGGUUAUAUGCAUUCUUAUUGAGCUUCUUUGUGAUUGGCCUUAUUGGGAAGCAGAACUGGAACAUCCACGCAAGGAAUGACUGUAAAUAGAUUUUAGAAAAGGUCCCGUCGAUAGGGGAUCUCGGAAAUGAGAUUUUCAAACAUACUUUGCAUACAUCGCAUCACAACACUUUCGUUUCUGUCCUGUCAGCGUAUUUGACGUAGAGCAGAUGUACUACGUUUUCGAAGAGGGUGUUACUAUAAACUAGUGUACAGAGAGUUUACACAAUGAUAUCAACAAUCAGGGCGGCAGGUUUAAUGUUGUUUUGUAAAUUGGAAACUGGAUCCGACAUCGUACAUUUCGGUGGAUUUACGCGGAAGGGCGUUUCUCAUCUGAACUGUGUACAUCUUUCUACAUCUCUUGUAAAUACAUGAAAUAUUUCAAAAGCAUUUAAAGUAGAAACAUGGAGGGUUUUUUGUAUUUUGAGAAUUAUUCUUAUGGCUGUUCUUAUUGGCUUCAAUUUGAGAUUUUUGAGAUUAAGCUGUGUAUAGUGCAUUUCGACAAAGUUAAGGGACAAAUCCACAAUUUUUAAGAGUAUUUCACAAGUGUGUUCCUAACUUUGGUCGAUCUUCUUUGUAGUCUUUUAAGUCUAAGGGUAAGAAACAGAACUGUGGAAAAAUUGUUGGAUUUGCUCUUAAGCCUUUUUCACCGCAAACCAUUUUACUGUGGCUGAUGUACAUUAGUUAAGAACUACAGCGCUUAGGAGAUUCUUCUACGCCUUUGCCGCUGCAUUGAAUCUGUUUCUGUAUUGCUACAGUCCUCUAGAUUUUAAGAAAACGUAGAGAGUUAUUGACUUAUUUAUUUGGCUUAAUGAAAAACGAUGUGAUUGAUUCAUGUCACAGUGAAUCAUUUACACUUUUAUCAUAUUUCUUUUCUCUCUCAAAUUGCAGGCACUGUGACGUACAUGUACUAUAAGUUUGUGGUGAUCACAAAGUCACAAAAAUGCUCCACCAUUAUAGUCCUUUAUCGUUGUCUUUUUUUACUUUUUUAUUUCCAUCUCCUCACCUAGAUGAUUUUUGUUUUUUUGCACAUGUAUGCAAUAGACAUUUAAUGUCUCAAAGUGUCUAGCAAAUACUGAACCAGGGUAUCAAUUGCUCAAUAAUUCGUUGAAAUUACUUUAUUAGUAUUAUAAAACAAAUAUUGAAAAAAAAUAAUAAGUGACUAUUAUAAAGCUGUCCUCACUAUGUAAGUUUUAAUCCUACAGGACAUUUUGUCAGUUUGGUUUAUAUUCAUGCGACGUUAUGCUGGUAAACUCCGCCCACACUGACAUCUCAUUGGUUGAAAAUUUGAAUUGUAUAUUCAGCAUCAGACGUACACUAAUUGGGUAAGAUUGUGGGGCGUGGUGCAGCAGUUUCACUUUCAUUGUUUUGCGUCACCCUUGGUCAGGACACAGUGCAACUAAGUGUCUGAAAAAUGCCAGAUGUCUGUUAAAUUCACAAUUAUGUCACAUUAUUGGAUUAAUUACCUCUGUCCCACACAAAAAAAGGGAAAAUGCCAGAUAUUCUUGACUAAAAUAACUGAUGAUCAUGGACAUCUAACACGCAUUUGCUUUGUGAAUAUGACAGGUGACCUCCGCCUAUGCACAUCCAUAUACUUUAAUAAUAAUUUAAUGUCAUCUCCAGUUUAUUUUUACUGAGAUCUUUGAUAUUUCAUGUUUAUAGAGCCGUGGAGUCAUGUUAAUGUCACAGUUGUUAGUUCAUAGUUCUGAAGAAUAUGAAGUAUAUUUAGAGAGUAGAAGAAUAUUUACAUGCAAAGCUUUUUACACACACUGCUAUUCUUGUAUUUAGCCGCAGUUUGUAGAAAAACAUGGAAAUUGCAAAACGAAAAAAUUGUAAUCGAAAACAAAUUUAGAAAAAAUUCAUUAUGUUUCUCUGAAUUGUGGAGUUUGGACCAAUUUUUAUGAAACAAAAACUAUAAAUGAAAAUAUUGCACUUUGUCUAUAGAUAUAAUGAGUUCUCCUAGAGAGACGUGAAGAUAAUCUAUUUUGAAACAAACUGUUACAUUUCUUAACUUAUGUACAGAAAUCAUUUGAUUCACAAUUAAAUGAUUAUAUAACUAAAGGUGCAAUUUGUUUAUGUAGUUGAUAAAGUAAUAAUCUAUAAGAGAAAUGAUAUUGAAGACAUUGUUAAGAUGACAUGCCAAUACUGACAUAUGUAUAUUAUAUGUACAUUCUUUUAGUUCGUCAGCAGUGAGCAAACUGUUUGUGAAAUGUGAGGCCAUAGCUCUGGUUUUGCUGUUGACGCCUAUUUUGCGCUUGUAUUUCCAUGCAAGAAACUUGCUAUUGCUGUAAAAAGCCAUGUGUAUAUAAAUGAUGUUAUAUAAAGAUGAAUCAA